AUGUCUAGCCAACUCCAGGACCAGGAGAACUUUGUUCAAGCCUCCAUUGCGCGCAGCAGACACCAUAAGCGAUUGCGUCUGAUCUUCACUGCUGUCUUCUUUUCCAGAGGAAUACUCUCUGCUACCAAAAAUGUUGUAAGACAUAAGACAAACAGCAAAAGGUCACGUUCUUAUACUGCGAUUGAAGUUGAGCCCGAGGCUUCCUACUCAAAUAUAGAUAAAGCAAGUCUCUCUAAGCUCGUGGAGGAGGAAAAUCUCGGCCAGCUGCAAAUUCUAGGACGGGUUAAUGGUGUUGUUGCAGCUCUUAAAACUGAUGCAAAGAACGGAAUCAGAGGUGAUUAUGAAGAUAUAGUCAAGCGACAAAAGGCAUAUGGCUCAAACACAUAUGAAAACCCACUACCGAAGAGCUUAUUCUAUUUUGUGUUAAAGGCAUUUAAAGAUCCCAUGAUCAUUCUAUUGAUUGUGACUGCCGCCUUCUCUCUCUGGUUUGGAACUAGAAAGCAUGGACUUGCAAAAGGAUGGAGUAACGGAGGCAGCAUAUUUCUUGCUGUUUUAGUAGUUAUCAUCGCAUCUUCUGUCAAUACAAUACCAAGGUGGAAGUGUUUAGAGAUGAGUGGAUGCAGCAAAUUAGGAGAUGUUGUUUGCCCCAUUGGGGAUAAAAUUCCUGCUGACGGCUUGUUCUUACAUGGCCAUUCAUUCUCAGUUGAUAAAUCAAGCCUGACAGCAAACUCCAACCUCAUAGAGGUUAACUGCAAUCAGAAACCUUUUUUGCAUUCGGGCUCUAUGGUGGCUGAUGGGUUUGCCCAAAUGUUUAUCACAUCAGUUGGCAUGAACACAACAUGGGGCAAGAUGGUCCGCACAAAAUGGAAAGAUUCACAGGAAACAACACCCUUACAAGUCUGGCUUCACAAAAUAGCCUCAAUAACUAGUAAAACUGGCUUGUCAGUAGCUUUAUCGGUUCUUCUUGUGUGGUUAGUUCGGUACUUCAUGGGGAAAAUGACAAAUGGAUAUGUUUGGGGCAAGACAGAUUUUCAUGCAGUUAUCUGUGCAUUGGUGGGAAUUGCAACCACUGUAGUUGCUAUUGCAGCAGGAGCAGUUGCAGAGGGUUUACCACUGGCUGUCAUUAUUACUAUUCAAUGA